CCAUUUUUCCCUCUCCCCAGUGUGUCCCCAUGUCCCUUCUCACCAGCACACAGGACAAGGGCCCGGCCGGGAGAGCACUCCCAGAACUGCUGCUGCUGCUGCUGCUGCUGCUGCUCCCAGGCUCCUGGGCAUUACCCAAGGUUCAUGAACUUCAAAGCACAGCAGGGCAGCAGCUCUCUGUGAGAUGCCAGUACCCACCCGCCAGCAGGUUCUACGAGAAGAAAGGCUGGUGUAAGGAGGUGUCAGCGCUUGUGUGCACCAGGCUGGUCACCAGCUCCAGGCCCUGGACACAGGUUCAGGUCUCUCGAUUCUCAAUCUGGGACGACCCUGUUGCUGGCUUCUUCACUGUCACCAUGACUAGUCUGAGAGAGGAAGACUCAGGCCACUACCGGUGUAAAAUCUACCAUGCUUCCGGCAACUCUGUCUCUAAGUCCGUCAAAUUCUACCUGGCGGUGUCUCCAGCCCCCACCUCCACACAGGCCACCUGGGCUCUGCCCGACCUGGUCUCGUCACAGACCCAGAGCUGUGUGCCCCCAGCUGGAGGAGCCACAGAGACCCUUGAGUCUCCAUCUGCCACCACUGCCCCUCCACAGCCACGCAGCUCCACGCCCCACCUCGGCCCCGCAGUCCCCAAGGCCCUGCUCCCUGUGCUCUACGGACUCCUCCUGGCCAAGGGCCUGCUGCUGCCCGCCCUGCUGCUCUGUGACACUGACCCGCACACCCAGAAGUUCCGUCCCCACCUGCCCUCCAGCAACACCCAAGGCCUUCAGGAAUCGACACGUGCGGCAUCGCAUGGAGGGCAGUCUCUGCUGCGCCCGGCUCAGCCCAGGCCCUCGGCCCACGGGCGCUUCCCACCGAGCCACGGGACCCCAACAACACCUCUGAGCAUUUUUACCACCUGGGAAUUAAAGUCCAGAGUCACUGCCGGGGCCCUGGCCCUGCCGGCACUGCACAUCCCUGUGCCGUCCUUACCACCAACAGUGUGGGUGGAGGAUGGAGAAAGCAGAGAACCGUCCUUUUCUCUGCACCAGCUGGGCAGGGAGCUGCUCAACUCGGCGAAGCACCUCUGUGACUCACCCUCACCAGAGACUAACCUCAAGCCCUCUGCAGGGUGUCACCACGAGAAUCCCAGGAUGCCCCUGUCCUCAUCACCCCAGAAUCCCAUCUCAUUCUCUCAAUGGCUCCUGGAAGUCCGGGAGCCCCUAGAUGCCGCGGGGAAGGGCACUGAGCAGGAGCCCAGGGAGCAGAGGGGCCAGGGAACCUCCCAGGGCGGCAGCACUUCACGGACCCACCAGGGAGGCCUGUGUGAGCUCCAUGGGGUCCAGUGUGAUCAGGAUCCAAAUGUCCCUCUGACCCUGUCAACUGUCUCUAGCCCAUCCUUCUAG